GUCAGGAUCACCAAUGGCAUCUUCACAAUUCCGGCAUCGCCAGAUACGACUGUUGGAACUCUCAGAUGCAGUCCUGCGAUACUUGUCGUCGUCGCAAAAUCAAGUGUGACCGUACACAACCAUGCCUGAAAUGCCGUGUUGGGCUCUUGACUUGUACUUAUCAUGACAACAUCAAGCGUCAAGUCACAAACCUCCGCAUUCCCGCAGCUGGGCGCCCGCCGGCUUCUGUACGCAGUUCACCGAUAACACAAGAUGACGCAAGAUCAGUGCAGCAGGCGGUUGAGGAUGUUAGCGGACAGUCUGAAGUAUCCUCGGGCACUGGCUCUUGUACAAGUCUUCCCCGUCACGGACACAGCAUAGCCAGAUCCGCCUCACCGACGGCCAGGUUGAAGUCAGCUGAUAGAUCUUCGCGGGUCUCGAGUCGAUUGCUUCGCCUGCACAUUAAGCUGUUCUUGAAAUGGAUAUUCCCUCUGUGGCCGAUUGUGCGACCGCAAGAGACUCUUGCUGCCUGCUCAAAUGUCGAGUUGCUCUCCCAAGAGCGAUACUGCUUCUUGGUUGCGUUGUGCGCUGCGACGAACACCCAGCUCAAUCUGGCUCCGCCGAGUUCAGUAUUCGACUCCGCGGAUACCGAUGAUCAAGAUACCAUAGAUACGGGAGACUUCUAUCCUCCAUCCGCGCGAGACUACCUCCUCCGCGAAGCUGUCAGCGUCCAAAAGACGCUGGACAUUGCCUCCUCCCAUGAUAUUGACACCAUGUUGACUUCUUGUUUCUUGUUCAGUGCAUAUGCCAAUCAAGAGCGACACAAAGAAGCUUGGUUCUACCUCAGCCAAGCAGUUUCCUUCGCGGUAUCCCUACGUCUGCAUGACGAGUCGACCUAUACCUCACUAGAUCCUCAGGAGGCAGAGUUGAAGCGACGAAUUUUCUAUUUGACAUUCAUUUUCGAAAGGGCAUAUUCUCUCCAUCUGAAAUGUCCAGUCGUGCUACAUUCAACGAUUCAGAAGCCCACCACAACUUUCGACGACGAUCCGGCUCCGAUCGACGCCUUUCUCGGGAUUCUUAGCGUUUUUGAAGCCUUGCCGCCCGACCUGUACAAUUGGCUAUGCAUUCCACGCUCCGAAAUGCAGCAUCAAGCCGGAUCCGUCCCUGUAUGCUACUGGAGCUUGUCCAACACCGUUCUGUCUCCGAAUGGCGCACUUGAACCUCAACUCGUCAAUAUAUGGAUUACACAGCAGUGGCUCAGAAGCUUUUUGUGGCACACGGCAUUUAGACUCCGGUUGCCGGACACAGUAUUCAUGGCCGCAUCUCUCCCGCUGGAAACGCCCUUAUCAGCGGCGAAAUCGGUCAUGGAGACGCUUGCAACCGUGUCUCCACGGUCUCUGGAGAUCCAUGGAGUGGGAAUGGAGCGCAAGCUUUUUGAUCUAGGCACGUAUAUCCUGGACUUCACGGAAUGCCUACCGUUGCCUAUUACCCGCGUUGCAAGUUCGAAUCCGAAGGAGCUGUUAUGGGGGAUCCUCAUCUCACUUUCGAAAAUAAGGGGGGCAACAUCCUUCCUAUUGCCCAGUCUGCUAGAAAGAUCCAAGAAACUCCUCGCCGUCGAGAGCCCGUGGCAGCCUGGCCUUUCAGUGCCCGAGACCACCGGAGAGGAACGAGAAAUACACGAGAUUACGGAUGAGAUCUACAAUGGAUUUGCUGGCCAUGAAGAAGUAACAUACAUGGGGGACAGUCACGUCGGCUGGAUAUUAUAGGUCGCUCUUUCACCUCAUGCCAGUCCACGCCUAACCAUGAAAGCGAGCGUAUGGUCGACGCUCGUCAAUUAAACACCAGGAGUUCAUUGAAUACGCGCGACCUUUAGACGGACUGCUAUAUGUCCGACUUGCGCCCGGGGGAGAACUUUGCGAAAUGAAAUUGCCAAUACCGCCACGUCCUAUCAAUCACGCGAUCUAUGCACCUCCUUGACUGCCGACCACCAUCCUCCACCUCAAGCACAGUUUGAUGGAUUGACAAUACUUCGAGCCAGCCACUUCUACUUGUCUAAUCCCGCAAGGUCUAGCGGAUCCAGCGUCUUAUGCCAGUACGGACGUGACCGCGCCCAUCUCUAUUCGAAUGGAAAUAGUAGGGGACAAAAUGCAGAUCCUCCACGACGCUACCCUUGGCCGAGGCUUUCGCAAGGUCCUUCCACGGGAUGCUGGGCUCUGCGUUCAACUGGCCCAUUGGCAGGAGCGAAGAGCCGUGACGUACGGACAGCGCCACGUACUCCUCUUGCGUCGUUGGAUCGGUCACUAGUUUCUCCUCCACAUUUGCGUCGGGGUAUAGUUGCAGGCUCUUGAAAUGGUCCUCGACCCACGGGUUAUCGUAGUCUUCGACACAGUAAAUGAUGGGACCGCGGGCCAGCGAGAUUGUGUCUUGCGUUGUGAACGGAUGGACUGCGACGACUCUCGGCUUCAGAGGAAUUUGGAGCGUGAAUUCUGGAUGUUCGGCAAUCCAGGAAGCCGGUAGAGUCAGGUACCCCUUUUCGACUUGACUCUGGGACGGUUCAGGUACAAUCUGUUUCCAAAGUCAGAGGACGGCCAUUACGGAGAGCGAUUGAGGCAGGCUUACACUCCACUCUUCAGCCCAUUUCGGUAUUCUCAGGCUGAUGGAAACAUUCUUCGACGCCGAGGAUAGUCGGAACUUGAUGUCGCCAUCCCAAGGCCAAUUUGACUCCUGUGUCAGUUGACACUUCUCGCCCUCCGCUUCGAAGUCAAGCGUGCUGGAGAUAUAGAGGUGGACAGCCACAUGGGUGUCGGUCUUUUGAGUUGUUGCUGGUUGGGAGUAAAGGUACCCUCCGAUAAUGGCCAAUGUUCUCAUGAUGUUAGGUGGACAACAGCAACACUUGAACCAUUCACUCCGAUCGGCCGGGUUGGUGUCGCUCGACGCCAGCUGGUUGACAUACGUGUAUUUCUUUCCAUCGACAGACAUUGCUGUCAAGACAGCAUUGUAGAAAGCCAGUUCCAUGAUAUCGGUGAAUUUCCCGUCCAAU